AUGAGCGGCGGCGGCUUCCGGUACGCGUACGACGUCGUCGUGCGUUGGCUGCUGCGGCGCAGCAGCAUCAGCAGCAGCAGGGCGGAGUUCCCGAUCCCGUGCACGCCAAGCAGCAGCAGCAGCAGCAGCAGCAGCAGCAGCAGCAGCAGCAGCAGCAGCAGGGGGCCGUGUUUCACGCCGUGCCAGAUGUACCGGCACCUGCUGCUGGGCUCGCUACUGCUGCAGGCGAACAGCAGCACUUAUAAAAUAAACAGUUUGCUGCAGAGACACCCCGGAGGAGACAAAUGUCUCAUUAAAAGAGCAGCAGCAGACUGCAGCAAAGACUACAGCUACCACUCCCGCUGCGGCCGCUGCUUGUGGGGUUGCUUCCAGGUGGGUGCUGCUGCUGCUUGCUGCGGCUGGUCGCAGCAGAAGCAGCAGCAGCUGGAGGCCCUCAAGCAGCAGCUGCUCGAGAGCUACCAGCAGCAGCAGCAGCAGCAGCAGGGGCUGCUGCUGCUGCUGCCGCAGCAGCACCAAAUGGUGCAGGCUCUUCGAGAUGCGGGCUGCAGCAAGUGCCGCCCUCCCGGGCGCAGUCCAGCAGCAGCAGCAGCGGCGGCGGGACCUGCUGCUGCUGUUCCUGCUGCUGCUGCAGGUGUACAGGAACCACUUGCUGCAGCUGCCGAAGUAAACGCAUCUGCUGCUUUUGCUGCCGCAGACACAGCUGCUGCUGCUGCUUCAGAUGCGCAGCAGCAGCAGCGGCAGCAGCAGCAAAAGCCGCAGCUGCAGCAGCAGCAGCAAAAGCCGCAGCAGCAGCAAAAGGAGCAGCGAAAGCAGAGGCAGCAGACAAUGAUAACGCCAGCAACAGCAGCAGCAGCAAAAGCCGGUGCAGCACACAAAAAGCAGCAAGAGCAGCAGCAGCAAAUGGGAGAGAAGCACAGAAUAGCAACAAAAACAGCAGCAGAAGCAGCAGCGACAGCAGCAGCAGCAGCAGCAAAGGGAAGCCUAGUAGCAGCUAGUAAAAGGGCUCAAGAGUUCACAACGAAAAAAAAUGGCUGCAGUUCGCAGCGUCGUCGUGUGGGAGUCUAG